AUGUUAAAUUAGGAUGCAGAUUUGAACAUGUAACCAUUUCACAAUCAAAUUCCUAAACCCAUAGCUCUCACUGAUGAAACCAUAAGUCUUGAGAAUGACAUGUUGCUUGGCUGGGCACCCAAGUUGGAUUACAGCAAAUUGCUUACGCUGAACUUCAAUAAUUAGUUAAAUGAUUAAAUAAUCUCAGAAGCUUUACACAACAAUUAACUUAUUUAUGUUGGAUUCAGACCUCAAGAUAGCGGUUAAAUGCACAAGCAAUACUCAACCACAUCCUCAUAUCCAUGUAAACGAUCCAAAGCAAUUUAAAACAAACCCUAAUUCCCAUUUUUGGGGAUGAAUCCUACUUGUAAUUGUAGAAUUUAAUUCAAUUCGAUUUUUGAGAGUGGCAACUUGGAUGUGGUGAAACAAGUAUCAGAAUUUGAGUAUGAUUUGUAUAUGAGAGUCGAUGGAAAUACUUAAGGACAUACAUCUUGGUACAAUUUUGAAUUGAGUGGAAUGAAAAAAGGCGAGAAAAUCUAAUUAAAUAUUUGUAAUUUCACUAAGUCUCACAGUCUUUACGAGCGUGGUAUGAAACCAUAUAUAUGGAGAUCAACCACUUAAGAGUGGUUAUAAGGAGGAGAGAAUGUAUGUUAUAGAACUUCUCAAAAUAAUAAUAAUUGCUUAAGUUUUGGCAUCGUUUGCAAUCAAGAGAAUGAAUUAUUAAGGAUUGCAUAUUGUGUUCCAUAUACAUAUUCUUAAUUAUUAGAGUAUUGUGAUGAAUUGGAGAAGAGAUGCAAUCACGUUAAGCGUUCUAUAUUGUGUGAAUCAUUGGGAGGUGUUCAAUUGCCUAUGUUUACGUUCAGCAAGGUUAAAAGCAAGAACAAGAAAUGCAUAAUCAUAUAGGCACGCAUUCAUCCUGGAGAAUCAAAUGGUUCUUGGGUGAUGCAAGGCGUAUUGGAUUACUUGUCUAGUCAAUAAGCCAUUAAGAUAUUUGAGAAAUGUGUAAUAAAAGUAGUGCCGAUGAUGAAUCCUGAUGGAGUUAUUCUAGGCAAUUAUAGGACUGGAUUGGCAGGGAAGGAUUUAAAUAGGAAAUUUAGGUAGAGUGACGAAAGAAUUCUGUUCCCUACUGUUUAGGCUAUGAAGAAAUUAGUUAAAGAUUAAUACAAGAAAUUUGGAAAUAAUUUAAUAGCAUUUAUCGAUUUACACGGACAUUCCAUCAAAAAGAAUGUCUUUUUGUAUGGUCCAGAAUACGCUCUCUGGAAUUAUAAUUAUUAUGAGUGUCGUAUUCUUCCCAAAUUACUUAGUUAGAAAACCGAAAUGUUCAGAUUUUAUUCUUCAAUUUUCAGAAUUAGUUAAUCUAAGAAAUCUACAGCUCGUGGAGUUUUUGCUGAAUUAUAUGAUAUUGUGAAUUGUUUUACAAUUGAAACAUCCAAUGGUAAUUACUACACAUAAAAUUAAACCUAUGAAUUCAAUACUAAACAUUGGUUAAAAAUGGGUUGGAUCAUUGGGGAAACCCUGAUAGAGAUGAUAGACACUCAAAGCGAAAUGGAUCAGAUUUUUAAUUUAAAAAAUGAAGACCUUAGAAGAUCAAAUAGAUUUACUAAAAAUAGUUCCACCAAGAAAAGUAUCUCUGAUUCUUGUUAAAUAUCAUUUCAAAACACAAAAUUCUAAAAGUUGAUUGAAGAAUUAAAGUCGGAUGCUGAUAAGAUGAACCAAUCUUGUUCUGAAGGAAACUCUGAUUCAUUAGAUGAUGAUGAGAUAGAAGAGGAGUCUAUUGAAAAUAAGUCAGAAGAAGUAAGCAAAUCUAAAUCUAUCCAAUCAAAACCUUUGUUAUCAAUAUUGUAUUAAACUUAAAAAUCUAAAUUAGAAUCAAAAUAUAGUCCUGGUCAUUAAAAACCACUAUUACAGUAAACUAUUAUGCUAUCUAUUGAACAUUGCCAAAAUAAAGUCUAUCAACCCUAUCAAUCAGCUGCUUAAAGAAUGAUUCUUAAGAAGAUUGCAUCGCGUUCUUAACCCAAGAGGUCAACUUAAGUUAAUAAUUAUAUAAACAAUUGUGCGAAUCAACAAUAAUUUGCCACUAUCGAAUUCCUUGAUAGCUCCCAGAACAUAAAUCAAAAUAUGCAAUAGAACCCUCAUUCACUCUUUCCCAGACCAUCUACAACCUAAUUGGAAGUAAUGGAUGAUGAAAAAUUCACCCCUAUUCUAGGAUUCAAUCAAAGCAUCUAUUCUGGUUUUAAACGUCACACUAGAUUGCGUAGUAAUCUAACAGCACAGAAACAAAAGCAACUAAGAGAUAUCAAAAGAUUUCAAACUAAAUCACCUCCUCAAAUCACUACGAAUGUAAGAAAUACUAUCAUGAAUAAUACUCAAACCAAUUUUGAAGCUAUGAAGUUGAAAUUAAAAAUGAGACUCUAAUAGGAACCAACCAAAUUAUCUGAUUCCUAUCAUACUACCAGACCUUCUAUUCCUCCUUCAUUUUAUUCUGUCAGAAGAAAUCUGAUAAAAAGGCAAAAGAAUUGA